AUGUCUUCUUCUUGCAGCGCGGUGCAGCAACGAUCGGUGGAGACGAGUCGAACUCUGAUAAUCAGCGAUCCACAGCACUGUUCCGUUUCCGCGACACUAUCACUGGGUCGUCCAAAGAAACUGUUCAUCAGCAGCAGCAGGGGAAGAAAUGCGACGAAAAGUGCUGCAACCGCAACUUUCCAAGUAGCGUCGCCACAGCAACAGCAUUCGAGCGCUCAACAAGCGGAACGUACUAAAAUUAUUCCUGUAACA